CUGUACAGGGUGACUUGAAACCUGCUCAAGGUCGUACGCUGAACAUCCUUGUUGACUUCGUGUUUCAAUGGCACAAGUUUUAAUGAAUUCAGUUUGAUGCCUCCACUCCGAUGACUUAUGCCCCUAUACGUAUCUGAUAUUAACCACCAAACUGUUAAUUGUUAUUUAAAGAUUGUUCCUACCGAAUUUCACACGUUUUAGGGGUAAUCUGUCUUUUCUAUUCAUGAAUUGAUCCACUUGUCUCAAUAUUUUAUGUGAUUUGUGCAUCCACUUCUCUCUGAUAAAUAAUAUAUCUAUUCCGAGAUGCCGAGUGGUAGUUGCCGAUUCGAUGUGUGACGGUAUUUAAAAUAAAUUUUCAGAGUGUUGCAGAUAUCGUCACCGUUGCAAUCAUUGGAAACUUCGGAAUUACUUAGCAUUUUGGUAAUUAAUAUAUCGUUUAAAUAAAACUUUGUGGAAAUCCGUCACAGGUGUUUCGGUUUGGGUAAUAAUUUCUCAUAUGUUAUUAUGCUAAGUGCAGCUGUGGAUAUUAUACGAAAACAAAAAGAUUCACAGAUCGAAUUCACUACGAACGUCAGUACAUAUCGCAUGAACUGUACAAAGAUUGGAACGGGAAGUGUCCUGUUGGCAGAUAUACUUCCGAGUAUGAUUUUCAAGUUUAUUUCUCCAAUAUUCAUACAAAAACUUCAUUUCCACUUUAAAGUUUUAUGCGCUGUCCUACUGGCGAUUAAUAGUUUUCUGAUGGUUUCAUUUUCUCAGUCUUUCUCUACGAGUCUUUUUGGGAUUGUGUCGGCAAGUUUAUCUUCAGGAAUCGGAGAUGUUACUUUCUUAAGCAUGGUAGCUUUCUUUGACAAAUCUUGUAUUUCGGCUUGGGCAUGUGGAACUGGUGCAGCCGGUCUGAUCGGUUCACUUUAUUAUGUUAGUUUGACAUCAAUAACUACACCGGAAAUUACAUUAUGUAUUGUCAUUGUGGUUCCAUGUACUACAUUAUUAGUGUAUUUCUUCGUUCUAGACAGACCUCAUCAUGAAAAAUUUCGACUGUGUUUCAACCCUAUGGUUUCAUCGGACAAUUCCACGAUGUCAACAGAGAGGAUAAAUGCAUUGGUAACCAGUGAAGAGUCAGAGCACACUGAGAUUGUUGAUGACAAUGAUGUAAUAACUGAUUCCGAUGGGUAUAUUCAACUGAGAAAUGAAGAUGAUAUGGUUUAUCAUGACAAUUCACAAGUUUCCAACUAUUCAUCUCUACCUGUUCUACAUCAACAACAGCCUACAUGGAAAAUAAAACUACAGCUGUUGAAGGGAAUGAUUAGUUCAUUAUUUUGUCUAGUUUCAGUUUAUUUCUUCGAAUAUUUAAUUAAUCAGUCAUUGUUUGAAUUACUUUACUUUCAAAAUACACGUUUAACUGCUCCAGAACAAUAUAGAUGGUAUCAAGUAGUUUAUCAAAUUGGUGUAUUCUUAUCAAGAUCAUCAGUCAGUUUUAUUCAAUUUAAGACUACUUGGAUUAUGUCAUUGCUACAAGCUAUGAAUUUUGUAAUUUGUUUAUUACAAGUGAUCUAUUCUUAUAUACCAUAUAUAUGGAUAAUGUUCAUUGUGAUAUUUUAUGAAGGAUGCCUGGGUGGUUUAACUUAUGUUAACACAUUUUAUAAUAUUCUUCAAGAAACUUCUCCGAUCUAUCGUGAAUCUGCAAUGGCAAUGGCAACUGUAUCUGAUUCAAUUGGCGUAGCUGGAGCUGGAUUCCUAUCCAUAUAUUUACAUAAUUGGUUAUGUAAUAUAUUAAUUUGAUGAUUGUAUUUUAUUAAAAAUCAUUUUCAACUAACAAUCUUUACUUGUUUAAUUUGUUUUUUAUAACCGUAAUAUUAUUGUUUUACAUAUGAUUAGAAUGUUUUUAACAUAACCAUAAUAUUAAUAGUAAUUAUUAUUAAUAAUGUAUUUCUUGAUUACGUAAUAUGACAGUUAUAUUUUACCUAACCAUCAUCUAAUGCAUUAUUGCUCUCAAUAUAGUUGUUUACAUCUCCUGACUAGUAAAUUAUAAAUGAAUGGAUAGGUAUGUCGUUUGGAUGAUCAUCUGAAAAUAAAGAUUAAUUACGCAAUCAAAA